GUGUUCUAUUCAAUAUGAACUUUUUAUUAGAUUUCUUUUCUGCUUUUAUUGUAUUAGUAGUCUUAAGUUGGUGGUAUGUUUUUUUUAAACAAUACAAUGUUAGCAAAUUUUUCAAAAAUAUUCCUGGACCUCCAGGAAUACCAUUAUUAGGAAACGCUCUUGAUUUUAAAUCAAAAACAAAAGGUGUUCUAACUGCUUUUCUCAACUAUACCAACAAUUAUGGAGGAGUAGUAAAAAUUCAGAUUGGACCUUUUCGAAAAUUGUUAUUAAUUUCUGAUUAUAAAUUUAUAGAAUUUGUACUAAGUUCUACUAAAAUUAUUAACAAAUCGCAUACCUAUAAAACGAUGUUACCCUGGCUUGGGACGGGUCUGCUCACCAGCGAAGGAAUGAAGUGGAAAAAACACCGAAGAAUUAUUACACCUACAUUUCACUUUAAGAUUCUGGAGCAAUUUAUCAAUUCAUUUGACACUGCGACCGACGUUAUGGUUGAAAAAUUGAAAAAGCACGUAGGAGAACCUACCGUUGACAUUUACCCUUUUGUUACGCUGUGUGCUUUGGAUAUUAUAUGCGAAACGGCAAUGGGUACAACGAUUAAUGCUCAAAGUAAUGAAGAAUCAGAAUAUGUUAAAAGUGUCAAGGAAAUGGGCAGAAUAAUCAUUGAAAGAGCUCUGGCGCCACAAAAAAAUAACGAAUUCUUGUUCCGAUUUACUAAAGAUUUUCAACUUCAACGUAAAGCACUAAAUAUUCUGCACAAGUACACAAAUAAUGUAAUCAGAAAACGAAGACAAGAACUGCUUAAGGAAUAUUCCUCCAAAGAAAUGGAGAAUCCUGCUGAUAUAGGAAUUAAGAAAAAAAUGGCGUUUCUAGAUCUACUUUUGCAGGCAAGAGUGGACGAUAGACCUUUAACGAAUGAAGAAAUCAGAGAAGAAGUAGACACCUUUAUGUUUGAGGGCCACGAUACAACAGCGUCAGGAAUUAGUUUUGCAUUAUAUUCUUUGGCAAAUAAUCCUGAAGUGCAGGAGAAAGUAUAUGAAGAACAAUUAUCAAUUUUUGGCGAGGAGAAAAAUCCGACAGUUACAUAUAAAAAUUUACAGGAGAUGAAAUAUUUGGAACUUGUUAUUAAAGAAGCAUUAAGAUUGUAUCCAUCAGUACCAUUUUACGCUAGAGAAACUAACCAAGAAGUGGAUAUGGAUGGAGUUAUAAUACCUAAAGGUGUUAACAUUACCGUUUUUGCGUAUGGCAUUCACAGGGAUCCAAAAUAUUUUCCUGAUCCGGAAAAAUUUAACCCUGAUAGAUUUGACACUAUUGAUGGAAAAUUGCCGUAUGCCUAUGUGCCGUUUAGUGCAGGUCCACGAAAUUGCAUAGGGCAAAAAUUUGCAAUGUUGGAAAUGAAAAGUACUCUUUCUAAAGUCAUUCGAAACUUCAAGUUGUGCCCUGCAACUCCUCAUCAUCCACUAAAGCUUGUUGCGGAAACAGUACUUAAAUCAGAUAAUGGUGUUCGUCUUUCUUUACUGAAGAGGGUUUAAAAGUACUUAAUUACUUUAGUUUAUAUGUAUACAUAUAUAACAAUAUAUUAUAUUAUUGUUACUAAUCAGUAUCCGAUAUUUGGUUUAAAUAGACUAUUUCGUCUGAUGUAUGGUGUAAAUAUAUUUUUUAAGUAUUAUAUAA